CAGCUUCCCUAAAAUGGAGCCACCUCCGUGUUUGCGCUGGUCCCUGGCUCCUGGAGCUCACCUCUGCCUGCCCAGGCUGUGGCUUUCCCUGGGACUUGUCCCCAUGGCACACGGAUGAGCCAGAUGGGUCUCAGAGAAGCCCAAAUGCCCCAGUUAGCCAAAACCUCUGCUAAUGGUCUGGCUGAUUCUGAACCAGUGGCAGAGAGAAAUUGCUUUGUAUAUCCAGUAAAACCCUGGUGAUGCUGGUGGGUGACUCUGGGGUCGGCAAGACCUGCCUGCUGGUGCGGUUCAAAGACGGCGCCUUCCUGGCCGGCAGCUUCAUCUCCACGGUGGGAAUCGACUUCAGGAACAAGGUGCUGACGGUGGAUGGGGUGAAGGUGAAGCUGCAGAUCUGGGACACGGCCGGGCAGGAGCGCUUCCGCAGCGUCACCCACGCCUACUACCGGGAUGCCCACGCUCUGCUCCUGCUCUACGAUGUCACCAACAAAGCGUCCUUCGACAACAUCCAGGCUUGGCUGACAGAGAUCCAUGAAUAUGCACAGCAGGACGUGGUCCUCAUGUUACUGGGAAAUAAGGUGGAUUCAGCCCAGGACAGAGUGGUGAAAAGGGAAGAUGGAGAGAAACUUGCCAAGGAGUACGGGGUGCCCUUCAUGGAGACCAGCGCAAAAAGUGGCCUCAACGUGGAAUUGGCGUUCACAGCCAUUGCAAAGGAGCUGAAGCACAGGUCCAUGAAGUUGCCCAACGAGCCCAAAUUCAAGCUCCACGACUACGUGAAGAAGGAAGUGCGAGGCUCGGGCUGCUGCAGGUCCUAACGUGUCUGUACAGGGACUCUGGCCGUGCCCGCCGUGCU